UGGCUGGCAUCAGGACAGGACAGGACAGGCCGCUCAGAGGAAGGAUACCUUGAGGACGGACGGCGCUUCUCCGCUCGCUGUAGGACGCUGAGGGUGACUUCCAGGAGGUGUUCAUGGGAUGCACUAUCUACGCAGCCAGCCCUAAGGCCCUGCCCGCCGACGAGGCCCCCGGCCAGGACAGAUACUACCAGCUCCCCCAGUACCGCCACCCUCAUGGUAACUGCAGUCAGAGGAUAGCAGCCAGCAGAGCCAGGGCCAGGAGCAUGACUGAGCAGCAGGAGCAGAGCGAAGAAACAGGCCUGCUCGCAACACAGGACCUGGACCACUCCAAGGACGACGACACACACGGCCACUUCAGGUUUCAUCUGAUUGAAGACCUGUCCUAUGAGGAUGUGAAGAAAUGUUACCGAGGCUCGACUGUCAGCAAGUACAACUCGCAGUACCACAAACUGUUCCAGUGUGUGCCCAAGGAUGAGAUCCUCAUGAAAGUGUACUCCUGUGCUCUCCUCAGAGACAUCCUUCUACAAGGCCGGCUCUACAUUUCCAGAAACUGGCUGUGUUUCUAUGCCAACCUCUUCGGCAAGGACAUAAAGGUGGCGAUCCCUGUCGUUUCUGUGAGGCUGGUGAAGAAGCACAAAACAGCAGGCCUUGUGCCCAAUGGCUUGGCUAUCACCACAGACACCGGCCAGAAGUAUGUAUUUGUAUCUCUGCUAUCAAGAGACAGUGUGUAUGACGUCCUGCGCAGGAUCUGCACACACCUACAGGUCAAUGGGAAGAGUCUGAGCUUGAAGCAGUUCAUGGAGGAGCCGACCUUAUCGCUGGACGAGUUCCCCGUUCCAGACGAGUUCCCGGUGGUCGACGAAUUCCCCUCAGUGUUAAAGUGGAGGAGGAAACCCUCAGUGGUGUCUGUGUCGUCCUCCCUUCCCGACCUCUUGGGCAACUCCACCAGCAGCCUGAGCGCCGCAGACACGCCCUUCAAAUCAGAGCAGCCGCUGGAAGAGCGAGCUCUGCAAACAGACAGAGGUCUUUUAUCAGAGCCACUGGCGGAGCUGGGCCAGAUGGAGUACCAGCUGCUCAAGUUCUUCACCCUGCUUAUUAUUCUCCUCAUCCUGUCGUCGUGCUACCUGGCCUUUCGUGUGUGCAGUCUGGAGCAGCAGCUGUCCUUCCUCAGUAACCCAAAUCUGCCCCUGAGAGAGAGGUAACCACUGCUCUCCGCUGUGACCCGUCAGACUGGCGGCUGGUUCCUCUUCUCAUCCUUGGAGUUGAUGCCCUCCUCCAGAGAUUUAGGACCUUCUUUAGAGCCCAGAAAAGAUCAAGAAACCCCUGCGCCAGCCAGAAGACACGCAGGAGCAACAUCAACCCGAGUCCAGGCAUCUUCCCCUCAGCGGAAUGACUUCCUAUUUAGUGAUCACUUCCAGACUAUGCAAACAGAUUUUUUAUUUAUAAAAUGAAAGUAGGUUUUACUGUUCAGGGCUCCACACUAACUUCAGACAUUGGUUGCACUGGUGUGCCGAACUAUUUCACCUGAAAUUUGUCACCGAGCCUUCUAGCACUGCAAUAAUACAUUUCAAGCAUCAUCUAUUGCGUCAGGUCCCACGCACAUUAGUCAUUUCUCAACACAUUAUGUAAAGGAUUGUAAACACAGACGAUGUUGGGUCAGAAGCAUCUUUCUGGGGACAGGUGGUGGAGCAGUGGCUACUGCGGAUGAUGUCAAACCUGUGCAGAGCCUUUUAGGGCCAGUAAAUGGACCUGCACUUGUAUAGCGCCUCUCUAGUCUUCUGACCACUCAAGGCGCUUUUACACUACUGAUUCACAUUCACCCAUUCACACACAGUCACACCCUGGUGGCCGAGGCUACCAAACAUGAUGCCACCUGCUACUCAGUACUCAGUAUCCCAUUCAAACACUCUAACACACUGAUGGAACAGCCAUUGGGAGCAAUUUGGGGUUCAGUAUCUUGCCCAAGGAUACUUCAACGCGGACUGGAGGAGCCAUAAAUCUAACCGCCGAUCUUCCGAUUGGUGAAUGACCCACUCUAUGUCUGAGCCGCCAGUAACAGGUGUAAGAGGAACCGCAGCAUUUUGCUUGCCGAAAAACAAUCAAUAGUUCUCUUUAUCUUGAACUGAAGUAUGUUUUAGAUCAUGAUGCUACUCGAGGAAGAGUAUAGGAUGCGGUUUCAUAUGUACACACUUGGUUUUAAUCCCAGGAAACAGGAUUCCCAGGAAUCCACAUCCAACCUCACGGGGAAAUAUAAUACAGGAAGCCACAUAAGACAUUGUUACAUUACAGAUGUGAACCAAAUAGGCUCAUAUGUAGAAUAUAUAUGAAUAUAUAUAUCCCUUGAUUCCGUUAUUAGAUACUUACGUGCGUAGUAUUUAAGUAGGCGUAGUACGUCCCCCAAUGUGGAUGCAAUUGCCGGAGUUGGAAGUGGGCACACAUGCCUUAUUUUUUGUCCCCAUCCGAAUUCAGCAAAUAAGAAUAUCAGGGUCAGAGCCAAUCAGAGGCCCACACACACACACACACACACACACACACACACACACACACACACAGAGCUGCUAAAUAUCAGGUGCACCAGUGCGACCAAUGAAAAUGUUCAGUUUCACUUGACAGUUUUCUGGUGACAUUUGUAGAUGGUUUGUUACGAUGGUCGACCAUGAACUCUCCCUGUCACAGACGUUUCAUGACUCUGCGGUAUAAACCUCUGUACUCUCAGAUAGCGAGCAGAACGCUGCUGAAGCUGCUGUUGGUGACACUGGUGAAUUUUAGGAGAGGUGAGGUUGGUGUUGGAGGAUGGACAGGUAAGAGAUGAUUCAUCACAUCUAUAACUUGACAGUUGAGAUAUUUCAGGUGAGUUAUUGUGUUAAUAUACAACAUGUUCUGACUGACAGCCCUCAGUACACGGCUACAACAAGCUACGACGAUGCACUUUUUAAAAUACGUCCACAUUAUUUCAAAUGUAUGCAACUGUUUUAAGAGUUUAGAUCUAUUUUUGCUUGAUACUAGGUACUCAGUGUCAUUUUUGAGGGUGUGUAUGGAAGGAAGUGGUGUUGUGACGACAGACACUUGACUGAAUGAAGUUACCAAUCAUUUGACUGUAAUAUACUGGAGUGAUAACGCCACCUGUGGGUGUUAGCUGUAAUGUGAAUGAGAUGGUUCGGUGACAUGCAUAAUUUCUGUUUUUAGUUGUACUCAUCUGCUGUGUGAAAGGAGUUACCAGGGUGUUUUAUUUCUUUUAUACAUCUCAACUGAAGUCACCAAAGACUUAAAAAUGACACAGUGAGGUUUUGAAUGUUCAUGUGAUUUUAUCUUUGAAGAUAUUUAAUGAAAUGUGCAGACAUGGGUGGAAUGUAGUCCUAGACUAGUUUGUGAAAUCCCUACAAAUUAAAUUGCCAACAAAAUGGAGAUAAACAAAGAAA